AAUUGCUUGAUUCACCGCAUCAGCCUAGUUGAACCAUAACCCAAGGUUUUUUCUUAUUUAUGCUGGAAUCAUUCCCAUAGUAACCAAAUGAAUAGUCGAGUGCCUUAUAAGUAAUCACAAUCACAACACUUAGAAUUAAGGCAGUAACAUUCGAACCGACGCUAUUAGGUUUCUCCAAAGGUUGCCUUUCUUGAACUCAUUUCCACCUUCAACAACCUUUCCAAUUAACGAACUUUCAUCUGCAACGACCCAUACGAUCUGUUUACACACAUUACAAUUUAAUCAACAACUUCACAUAGUCGCUCUCUUUAACACAUCUUAUCACAACCUUUGCCAAAAUGGCGGAAAUCAGAAGAAAGCUUGUUAUUGUCGGAGAUGGUGCUUGUGGUAAGACUUGCUUGUUGAUGUAAGUACCCAUCUCCUUUCAACGCUUUUCGACUUGAUAAAAAUCGAUAAAAGUUAUACCUACUAACAAAUGCGUCAGUGUCUUCUCCAAGGGAACCUUCCCAGAGGUAAGCUCUACACCGACUCCCUUACAAUUAUAUGCGAAUCAAAUACAACGCGGCCAUCGCGUCAAUCACUGUUGAUAUCGCCAACGAAGCUAUUGAUGCGUUAUCACGAAUUCAUCAGAAUCAAUAACUGAUGCAUUUUCUGCUAUAGGUCUACGUCCCAACCGUUUUCGAGAACUAUGUCGCCGAUGUCGAGGUUGAUGGAAAGCACGUUGAGUUGGCUCUAUGGGAUACGGCUGGACAAGAAGAUUACGAUCGUCUCAGACCUCUAUCAUACCCAGAUUCGCAUGUCAUCUUGAUCUGUUUCGCCGUUGACUCUCCCGAUUCCCUUGAUAACGUUCAGGAGAAGGUACGAUUGAUGGAUUAAUCCAUAUGCUAUUGCUCUGAUAAGACAACUGCUGACACGUGCCUAACCAGUGGAUCUCUGAAGUCCUCCAUUUCUGCCAGGGCCUCCCAAUCAUCCUCGUUGGAUGCAAGAAGGAUUUGCGCCACGACCCAAAAACCAUCGAGGAAUUACACAAGACCAACCAAACCCCGGUCUCAGAAGAUCAGGUAAGGAUACAUCAGAUACAUCGCGUUUUGGAGACAGCUGCUGGAUAGAGAACGAAGUGGAUAAUAUAGGAACCAUGCUAACUUCCCUAUCAAUAGGCUCAACGUGUUGCUGAUAAGAUCGGUGCUUACAAGUCUCUUGAGUGUUCAGCAAAGACCAAUGAGGGUGUGCGUGAGGUUUUCGAACAUGCUACUCGUGCUGCACUCUUGACCAAGAAGGAGAAGAAGAAGAAGUGCAUGAUUCUGUAAAGCUACUGUUAUCGACUCUUCUAUUUCUCUAAUGCGAUCGGAUUUUAUUUUACUGCGAAAGUAGCUCGCUCGGUUGGGUGACGGAUUUCAUGCUAGCGAGAAGGAAUAUGUGCUUACAGAUUGUGCAUGGCUCUUCUUUAUCGGCAUAUUAAUCUAUCAUCUUCUUGAUUGAUAAUUCGUGGACCAUAUCUUCAAGUUCCUCGCAACAAUAUCCAGCACUUCUUUCUUACUACAUCUGGGCUCCGACACAAAUAUCCUCGGGGCACACGAACGGAUGAAAUAUGUCUCUUUUCUUCCGCAAAUUGUGCCACGCUAGUUUCUUCUCUGUGUCUCUUUUUUUUCUCGCAAGAUCUUUGUUGUUUCCUCAUCUUCUUUUUAUGCGUGCGGUCAAGAAUGGAUCUGAUUCAUAAGGGUGCUUACUGCGUGCGUUACGUCUACUCUUCUUCCCCAUCGUUGCUUCUUGCUUGCAGGGGGAGGUUGUGCAGGGUAUGGAGGGCAAGGAGGAUAGGGAGUGAAUGGACUUUCGCAUUUUUGUAAGGUGUAAUAGCAAUAGGCGUAGUCUAUCAAGAGAUGUUUUUUGAGGUCUGAUUGCACCAAUAUACUUGAGGCGUUCCUUCCUUUUAUUUUAUAAUGGUUGACUAUUGAUGGAUGGGUAAAUAGGCGGUAAUGAUUCCUGCGUUCUUUAUACAU